AUGCGAGGACACAGCAAGAAGGGAGCCAUCUGUGAGCAAAAAGAGGCCUCAGAAGAAACCAACCCUCCUGACGCCUUGAUCUUCGACUUCCAGCCUCGAGAACUAUCUCUGAGCCUCCUGCAUGAAAGUGCUGGCACAGCUUUCCAACUUGCCGGGCACGAUGGCUCCCGCAAAGAGGGUGGAGAGAAGAAGAAGGGCCACUCCACCAUCAACGAGGUGGUGACCAAGGAGUACACCAUCAACAUCCACAAGCACAUCCAUGGCGUGGGUUUCAAGAAGCGUGCCCCUCGGGCACUCAAGGAGAUCCGGGAAUUUGCCAUGAAGGAGAUGGGAACUCCAGAUGUGCGCAUUGACACCAGGCUCAACAAAGCUGUCUGGGCCAAAAGAAUAAGGAAUGUCCCAUAUCAUAUCCGGGUAUGUUUGUCCAGAAAACGUAAUGAGGAUGAAGAUUCACCAAACGAGCUAUAUACAUUGGUUGCCUAUGUGCCUGUCACCACUUUCAAAUAUCUACAGACCGUUAACAUGAACGAGAACUAAUGCUGAUGGUCGAAUAAAGUUAUACAACUGCCAAAAAAAAAAAAA